AAGUGCGAACCUGGAAACAACAAGGAGGGUGAAGGGGGAGGGACUAAGGGAGGGACUGGAGGAGUGGCUGGGGGAGGUUUCCCGGGAGGGGGAGGCCAUGGCAGCUGCGCAGCAGCGAGCGCUGCUGCGACGCGGCGCGCGCCCGGCUUUGAAUGAGCAGGGCUGGGACUAAACGGGCGGAGCGCGAGCUCGACGAAGCGACUGGCAGCGCGCGCACGCGCGCCUUGUGUGCGCGCGCGGCCCGCGGCAGCUCGGAGCCUCCGCCGGGCGGGCGGGGAGGGGGAGGGGCAGGUUUUGAUUCCCACCAUGGCCAUCACACAAUUUCGGUUAUUUAAAGUUUGUACCUGCCUAGCAGCAGUAUUCUCAUUCCUAAAGAGAUUAAUAUGCAGAUCUGGCAGAGGACGCAAAUUAAGUGGAGACCAAAUAACUUUGCCAACUACAGUUGAUUAUUCAUCAGUUCCUAAGCAGACAGAUGUUGAAGAGUGGACUUCCUGGGAUGAAGAUGCACCCACAAGUGUAAAGAUUGAAGGAGGGAAUGGGAAUGUGGCAACCCAACAAAAUGCUUUGGAACAACUAGAACCUGACUAUUUUAAGGACAUGACACCAACUAUUAGGAAAACUCAGAAAAUCGUUAUUAAGAAGAGAGAACCAUUACACUUUGGCAUCCCAGAUGGUAGCACAGGUUUCUCUAGUAGAUUAGCAGCUACACAAGAUAUGCCUUUUAUUCAUCAGUCUUCUGAACUGGGUGACUUAGAUACCUGGCAAGAAAAUACCAACGCAUGGGAAGAAGAAGAAGAUGCAUCCUGGCAAGCAGAAGAAGUGCUGAGGCAGCAGAAAAUAGCAGACAGAGAAAAGAGAGCAGCAGAACAACAAAGGAAGAAAAUGGAGAAGGAAGCGCAGCGGCUAAUGAAGAAAGAACAAAACAAAAUUGGUGUGAAACUUUCAUAACAAAUAUUCUUUGAAUAUUACAGUGCCAGUAGGAGAAAUCUGAGCUCCACAACUCAACCAACAUUUUUAUGGAUUUAAGAGUAUUUUCAGAAUGCAGACACACUGAUUGAUUUUAACGCAUUUACUAGACCAUCCAGGAUACCAGAAUUCUCCAAAAGUACCUGAACUCUUAGUGAUUAAGAUUCAAGAAAACAAAAAAGACUUAUGAGACAAUAUUUUCUUGAACAUGCUCCAUUGUUUGCUGUACAGAAAUGAUCACAAAUGGAAUAUACCAGUACCUCUGAAGCUGAUGUUUCUAGCUAAAUAAAUGGAUGUAAAUAAUUUUAUGGUGGAAAAGAACUCUGCUGUCUGUUAUGAUUUCCUUCAAUGUGUGUAAUGAUAAAAUAAACAAUUUUAAUAUUC